GGCGGCGGCGGGGCGCGGCGGGGGCUGCUGAAGCGGAAGCCGAACUUCACGCUGCAGGAGCUGGAGGUGCUGAUGAGCGAAGUGCUCCGGUACGAGCCGCUGCUGUUCGGCGCCGCCGCCGGUACCGUGAACGCGUACGAGAAGCAGAAGAUCUGGUGGCGGAUCACGCACAAGGUGAACGCCGCCGGCCGCCACCAGCGCGACAUCGGCGAGGUGAAGAACCGCUGGCGGGGGCUGCGCCGCCGCGCCGGGGACAAGAUCAGCCGGCACCGGCUGGAGCGGCAGGGCCCGGCCGGCAGGGCCGCCGCCAGGAACGGGAACACCGGCAGCACCGGGAAUAACGGGAGCAACGGGAACGGCGCGGCCGAGCCCGGAGCGGGGCCCGCCCCCGCCUGGAGUCCUCGCAGCGCCGCCGGAACCGAGCCUUCGAUGCGCAGCGCCGAGGGGUCGGCACAGCCCGGUGUAAAGGAGGAGCCGGUAAAGGAGGAGCCUUUGGAGGUGAAGACUGAGCCCUUCCACGGUCCCACUGCCGACGGCGCUCCCGGCCGCGGCUCAGACUGUCGGCUGCCCCGCACCGGCAUCUGCCCGCCCAGCGAGCUGUGCGAGGGCUGGAGCCGGAGCCCCCCGCGCUCCGCACCCUCCGAACUCCCCCUCGGCGACCUCCGCGGGCCGCAGGAGCCGCUGGGCUCCGACUUCCCGAGUCUGCUGUUGGAGCAGGAGGCCGAGCAGCUCAGUCACUGCGGCGCGGGAGAGGCGGGGCCCCCCGGGGGGCUGGACGGGACCCCCGAGCGCCCCCAGCUCAGCCUCGUGCAGUCCAACGAGCGGCUGGUGCAGGAGCUGCGGGCAUUCCGCCGGGAAUACGCCGAGAGCCGCCGGGAGACCGCGGCCGUGCUGCGCGGCAUCGCCCAGGCGCUGGGCGGGCUCAGCCGCAGCCUGGCCGAAAUCCGUGACCUCUACCUCCGGGAGCGGGGGGUCCCCGAAUCCUGAGCGUCCCACGCAGCUGGCUGUGUACACACACCCCAGAACCCACGUCGCUGCUUUUAUUAUUAUUUCUUUUCCUGUCCAUCCCACUUCAAUAAAACUCGGAGCUGCUCCCCCAUGGCUCCCCCCACCCCAGGCACCUCAGACGGCUUUUGGGGAUGAUGCAGAGGGCUGGGAGAUGGAACAGCGGUUUGUCCUUCCAGGCGGCUCUGCCUGGCUGUUCUCCUGGACUGAUGGACUCUGGUCCCAAAUUUAGCCAGCAGUGCUGGCAGGGAUGAAUCCCACCAGGAACAACCAUCAGGGUGACACACCACCCACGCUCCCCAGCUUAUUCCUGUCCAGGGGAGAGGGCAUGGAUAGAGGA